ACCUUCUUCUGCAGGAUGAAGACAGGAGACCUGAAGAUCAUCAACCAGGGCCAGGAUGAUGAGCUGGAGGUGUGGGGGUACCGGCCCUGUGCCUGGAGGCUGGUGCUGGUCUCCGUGGGGGUGGUCUGCUCCGGUGGUCUGCUCCUGCUGCUGCUGUACUGGUUGCCUCAGUGGAGUGUGAGGAGCACCAGCUCCAUCUGCAGUCUGAGGGAGGCCCACACUGUGCUGCUACGGUCCAGGGAUGAGUUCAGGCAGUGGUUCCGGGCCAGAGUCCACACUUUAUCUGCUCCCGGUUACAGGCCUUUCGAAAACCUGGAGCUGCAGACGGCAACCAGGAAGUGCAGCCUCUCCAACAAGGAGCAUGAUGGGAAAUGUCAUCAACAACAAACUGCACAGAUUCAUUACUUCACUCACCACAGCACAAAAUAUUAUUGGAACGAAGGGCUGCAGAAUUUUGAGUUGUACAAAGGCCUAGAGGAUGUGGAGGUGAGCUGUGCAGAGAUGCACUCAGAGCAUGGCUCUGGGCUCUCCAAACAAGUGCAGGAGUACAGGAGGCUGUUCUUCGGGGAGAAUGAGAUCGCUGUGAGAGUGCCUUCUCUUUUCAAGCUGCUCAUAAAAGAAGUGCUGAACCCUUUCUACAUCUUCCAGCUCUUCUCUGUGAUUCUGUGGAGUGCAGAGGACUACUACUACUACGCCACUGCCAUUGUUUUUAUGUCUGUCAUCUCCAUCGCCACCUCCCUUUACACCAUCAAAAGACAAUAUGUGAUGUUACAUGACAUGGUGGCAGCUCACAGUGUGGUGCGGGUCUCAGUCUGCAGAGGAGAUAAAGAGGUGGAGCAGGCCAUGUCCACAGAGCUGGUUCCUGGUGAUGUCAUCGCGAUCCCAGCCAACGGGAUGAUUAUGCCAUGUGACGCAGCUCUCAUCCAGGGCACCUGCAUCGUCAAUGAGAGCAUGCUCACUGGGGAGAGUGUCCCGGUGACGAAGACCAGCAUUCCCGGGUCAGGAGAGGAGGGGGCACAGAGCUACAGCCUGGACCAGCACAAGCGCCACACUCUGUUCUGUGGGACGCAGGUCAUACAGACGCGCUUCUACAGCGGCCAGAUGGUCAAAGCUGUGGUGGUCCGCACAGGCUUCAGUACAGAGAAGGGUCAGCUGGUGCGCUCCAUCCUGUACCCCAAACCCACAGACUUCAAACUGUACAGAGACGCCUACCUGUUCCUGCUGUGCCUGGUGGGAGUGGCUGCCAUUGGCUUCAUCUACACUGUGACCCUCAGCGUCAUGAACAAUGUUCCAGCUAAACUCAUUGUGAUAAAGUCUCUGGACAUCAUCACCAUCACUGUGCCGCCCGCACUGCCCGCCGCCAUGACAGCGGGCAUCGUGUACGCCCAGCGCCGCCUUAAGAAGGUGGGCAUCUUUUGCAUCAGCCCCCAGAGGAUCAACAUGUGUGGACAGCUCAACCUGGUCUGUUUUGACAAGACUGGGACUCUGACUGAAGAUGGACUGGACCUGUGGGGAGUGCAGCGAGUGGAGGACAGAAGAUUUCUUGCUCCUGAGUCGUCGGUGAACACUGAGGCCCUGCGCCCCUCAGCGUUCGUGGCCUGCAUGGCGUCGUGUCACUCCCUGACCACCAUUGAGGGGCAGCUCUCUGGAGACCCUCUGGACCUCAAGAUGUUCAAUGCCACAGGCUGGAUCUUGGAAGAACCCACCCAAGAAGAGACUGCCCUGCACAAUCCCAUAAUGCCCACAGUGGUGCGAAUGCCCAACCACGUCGUCAUGGAGACAGACCUGAGCGACCUCACAGAGACAGCAUCUUGUGAGAUCGGUAUAGUGCGUCAGUUCCCGUUCUCCUCAGCGCUGCAGAGGAUGAGCGUGGUGGUACGGAAGCUCGGGGAGAAGCACAUGAACGCUUUCCUCAAGGGGGCGCCAGAGGUCGUGGCCAGUCUGUGCAAACCUCACACAGUCCCAGAGAGUUUUGCUGAGACUCUGGAGGCCUACACCUGUCAGGGCUUCAGGGUGAUCGCCCUGGCCCACAGGCAGCUGGAGACCAAACUGUCCUGGCACAAGGUCCAGGCUCUGAGCAGAGACGUGAUAGAACAGAACAUGGAGUUCCUGGGUCUGAUCAUAAUGCAGAACAAGAUCAAAGAGGAGACAUCAGGAGUGCUGACAGACCUGCACGAAGCCCACAUCCGCAUGCUCAUGGUUACAGGAGACAACAUGCUGACCGCCAUCUCUGUGGCGCGGGACUGUGGGAUGAUCCGAGCUCAUGAGACUGUGAUCAUCGCAAACGCUGUUCCUCCAAAAGACUUUCACCCAGCGAGUAUCAGCUGGCACUACAGCCACAGCCCUGCACCCAGCAAGGACACUCAGUCAGUAGAGAUCCAGAUGGAGUCCCUCUGUGACAAAGUGCAGACUGAUGACAGAUUCCACUUUGCUCUGAGUGGACCGGCCUUCACUGUGGUCAUGGAGCACUUCCCACACCUGGUCCCAAAGCUUGCAGUAGGGGCCACAGUGUUUGCACGGAUGUCUCCUGACCAGAAGACUCAGAUGGUGGAGGUCCUGCAGAGCCUCAAUUACAUUGUGGGAAUGUGUGGAGACGGAGCCAAUGACUGUGGAGCUCUGAAGAGGGCUCACAGUGGGAUUUCUCUAUCUGAGUUGGAGGCGUCUGUGGCGUCUCCAUUCACCUCCUCCACCUCCAACAUCUCCUGUGUCCCCAGCCUCAUCAGAGAAGGCAGAGCGGCUCUCAUUACUUCCUUCUGUGUGUUCAAGUUCAUGGCUCUGUACAGUAUCAUCCAGUACCUCAGUGUCACCCUGCUUUACUCGAUUCCUAGUAACUUGGGAGACUUCCAGUUUCUUUUCAUUGACAUUGCCAUCAUUCUCAUCAUAGCCUUUACAAUGAGUCUGAACCCGGCCUGGGGGCAGUUGGUACCCCGUCGGCCCCCCUCCAGCCUGAUCUCGGGGCCCCUGCUGUUCUCCGUGCUCACACAGAUCCUCACCUGUCUGCUCUUUCAGCUGCUCGCUUUCCUGCUGGUGCGGGAGCAGAGCUGGUAUGAGAAGUGGACGCCCCAAUCCAAUGCGUGUAACGUGAGCCGCUCCUCUCAGCCCCUCAAUCUGAACAGCUCCUACAUCGACAUCAAGAACAUCCGCAACUACGAGAACACCACUCUCUUCUACGUCUCCUCCUUCCAGUAUCUGGCUGUGGCCAUUGUCUUCUCCAAGGGGAAACCCUUUAGGCAGCCCAGCUAUAAAAACUGGCCAUUUAUGUUGUCCUGCAUUGGUCUGUACACCUUCCUCUUCCUCAUCAUGCUGUUUCCUUUACCAGCUAUUGAUAAAUUCCUUGAAAUCGUGUGUGUGCCUCAUGAGUGGAGAAUCACUGUGGUGGCCAUCAUCAUUUCAAACACUGUUGUCUCCUUUAUCCUCGAGACGUUGAUCCUAGACGUGAUCUUGCGGAGGCUCAUUUUCAGAGACAAUCGCAGUGAUAAUCCAGUGUCUCCAUCGCCCUCUGCUGGCUUGCCUCAGGAGGCUAAUGACCGCUGGGGCCGGCUCUUCCUGUCGUGGCUGUUCUGUCGAGAGCGUCGCCCCCCCAGGCUCAGGUACAGGCAGCUGGCCCUGGAGCUGCAGGAUGACCCCGACUGGCCCCCUCGCCCCGGGACAGUCAUGUACGCCAACGCACAGACACACAGCUCUGCCUCACUAUGAACAGCAACUAUGCAAAUAUGUCAAUAAAGCCAGAGA